AUGAUUAAAAAAAUUGUUAACAUUCUUCUGAUUUUACAAAAAUUUUUUAUUUCCCUUACAAUUAAUUUAAAAAUUUUUUCUCUUUCUUCUUCUACAAUAAAUACAAAACAAAGUAAACAUUCAAUAAAAAGUCUAAAUUCUUUAUCUUCUCAAUAA